UCCCGCUUUCACCGCCACAGUCCCAUCGAUUGAGCUUGCGUGCCAAGUCUAAUCCCCUAGACCUCCCGCACCUCGAUCAGAGCCCUAUAUAAGCCGCCAGGCACGCCCCUCAAUCCUCACACAAGUCCCAAGGAAUUUGGAAGCAAUAUCCUCGUAGUAGCUACUUAACCAGCAGCAGCAGAAGAAGAAGAAUCGAGAGAGUCAACUAAAGGAGCCGAUCGAGAUGGCGUCCAUGAUGGGAGGAGACUUCGUGGAGGCCUACGUGCUCAGGAACGCCUACAAGGAGAAGAUGAGGCGCAUGGACGACGCGGCGGCGGCCGCCGCAGCCGUUGAAGGAAAGAACAACAAGGAGGGCGGCGCCGGCGGUGACUCUGCUGGAGAGAAGAAGGCCGCGGGCGCGAGCAGCAAGGGAGCGUUCUUUGGGCUCAUGAAGAAGAAGGUGCACCCCAAAGCGGCUUCUUCUUCUUCUUCUUCUUCUUCUUCUUCUUCUUCUUCUUCUUCUUCUUCUUCUUCUUGAUCCUUGUAACUAUGCUAUCGCGUGUUCGGGAUGCAUGUCACGAAGAAACCCUGCAAAUAUAUAUGUGUGUGUACGGAGUAGAGGUUUUAGGUGCCAUGAAUGGUAGGCUGCAGCUUGCUGGAUUUCAGUCAUGGUUGGUUAGCUGGCUGCAGCUUCGCGCUAGCACCUAGCACUGUGUGUGUGUGUAAGCUUGUUCUUCCGAUCAGCUUCUCCUGGGAGGAGUGUGUGAGCCACUGGCUGGCUGUAACGUUGGUUCUUUUGUUAA